GAAGAACAAGGUGUUCCUACGUCGCUGCACUGCUUCUUAUCCAUGUGAAAAGAAGAUCUGUAGUCGGUAUAGACAGGAUUUGUGUAUAGGCUGUGGAAAUGAAAAUAAUUUUACUGAUGAUAUGGAGUGGAAUCUCUCUGGUAUAUCUACAGCAAGUUAAUGCACAGCCAUUAGAUAAUGAAACAGUGACUUGCACAGAUACAGUUGAAUGUGCAAGCCUAGAAAAUUAUUCUAAUUUGACUAAACUUCAAAUAAGAAUGAGUAACAUAACUAGCUUACCAGCAAACUACUUUUGUGUACUCAACAAAGUAGAACUUUUAAAUCUCAGUCACAACUCAAUUCAAACUAUAAAUCAAUCUUCAUUUGAAUGCCUGAAACAACUGAAGAUUUUAGAUCUCAGCAACAACAAACUCUCAUGUUUCCCUUCCAAUAUUAAACUGCCUUUUAAAACACUUGAAGCCUUAUAUCUUCAUAACAACAAUCUAACAAGCCUGGAUAUAACAGAAGCUUUAAAAGGUUUUAAAAGCCCUCUAAAAUUAACAAUAAGUGAAAAUCCUUGGAACUGCACCUGCUCCCUGAAAAAAGUGUUAAACUGGCCUGAAAACAGUACUGUUAAACUUGAAGAUACAAUAUGUGCCUCUCCGAAGAAAACAAUCAAAGAUAUAUUUGCAACACUAUGUGAAGACACAAGUUCUACAAAAGUUAUUGUUUCCACAACAACUAAAAACACUACAGCUUUUCAACCUGAAUCUUUUAAUGGAACGACCAGCGAACCUAGAAAAGGAAAUAGCUGGGCCUUCUUGGUAGGGGUGGUAGUUGUUGGAAUUUUUACAUCCUUAGUGAUAUUAUUUGCUGUGAAAUUCCCAAGAUGGUAUGACUACCUGCUUAGUUACAACCAUCAUCGUCUGAAGGAAGAGACCCCAAAUAUGUUUGAGGAAGAAUUUAAUGUGGAUAUUGAUCUAAGCAACAACGGAAAAACCAUGGAAGAAGAAGAAACAGUAAUAGUAUUUGAGCAAAUGCAUUCUUUUGUGCCUGAAGAUGAUGGAUUUAUCGAAGACAAGUACAUUGAUGAACGUGAUUUAAGAGCCGAGAGUUAACAUGAAAAACAAAAACUUUGUAUAUAUGUACUAUAUGUGCUAAACCCAGUAAGCUCCAUAUUACGGACAGGGCAUCUCCCAUAGAGUCUUUUUUAACCAAAUAAUUAAAAUUUUUAACAUUAUUUCCUUUUUCUCUACUUGUUGGUAACUAAGCUGCAUAAAUAUAUGUCAGUGAAAAAACUAUCCUAUUGGGUUUAACUAAUUCCCCAAUAUCAUAAAACUUUUGGCCCAAACAUUCUGGAUAAUAUAUGCCAUACCUGUACUAAUACCUGGGUUUACUUGAAUUCAGAAAAUACUGUUGGCCAAAGACCAAAAGAGUAAUUUAUGAAUACAGUUGCAAGUGGGGUCAAGCUAAAAUUAACUUAAAUGUUGCAUUUAAAGGAAAACUAUACCCCCAAACAAUGUAGGUCUCUAUAAAAAUAAAUUGCAUAAAGAAGCUCAUAUGUAAAACCCUGCUUCAUCUACAAUAAACCAUUUUCAUA